GUAGGAGGGGAGAACUUUGGCUCAAGAUCCCUUUCUGAAUUGCGAAGCAUGACAGAGCUCCACGAAGCUGUGGCUUUGGGGGACUAUGACCUAGUGGAUGAGAUUCUGAGGUCAGGGCGCUGUGACCCAAAUCACAAGGAUGUUGACUGGCAUGACAGGACACCGCUGCACUGGGCUGCCGCUAAAGGGCGAUCGGAGCUGGUCAAACUCCUUGUGGCUCAUGGUGCCCGGCAUUGCCUGCGGAGUGAUGUGGGCUGGACUCCAGCUCACUUUGCUGCUGAGUCAGGGAGGCUGGGCGUGCUUCGCACUCUUCAUUCCCUGCAUGCUGCCAUGGAUGCAGUUGAUCUUUUUGGCGACACACCCAAGAGGCUUGCGGAGAUCUAUGGUCACCAAGACUGCUCCAAGUUCUUAGAAAUAGCAGAGGUGGAAAGCAGAAACUAUCGCAGGACAGCCAUAAUGAAAGGAAUCCCCUUGGACCAGAGGGAUGAAGACUGGGAACUCAAGAAAGAAGAGCUUGAAAGAAAUCCACCAUGUUCUCAUGAGAAUUACACAUCCUCCACUCAAAAGAAAAAUCAGAAAAAAAGGAGGAAACAGUAG